AUGCGUGGGGUGGUUUAAACUGUGUGUCAGUUCACAGUGCGAAGCUGAGAGUCAGCUGUCAGCUUAUAUGUCCUCGUAGUGGUGUGUGACCGUGAUAUCUGCCACCAUGAGUAUACAUUUCUGCAGAUAUACUGCUAGAGCACAUCAGUGUUUGUAUCACUUAAAGCCGCUGAAGACAUGUCUGCCCACACUCUGCUUGAAGAGAUGGUCCUCAUCCUCAGUGCCUCGAAUCACUACACACUACACCAUUUGCUCACGUGAGGAGGACAACAGAUGGCAAGAGAUCAAUAUGGAACGGUUUGCAGAGGAAGCAGAUGUGCUAAUAGUUGGAGCUGGCCCAGCUGGUUUGUCUGCAGCCAUACGAUUGAAGCAGCUUGCAGCUGAAAACAACAAAGAGCUGCGUGUAUGUCUGGUAGAAAAAGCAGCCCAGAUUGGUGCUCACACACUCUCAGGGGCCUGCCUGGAGCCCCGAGCCCUGGAGGAGCUUUUCCCAGACUGGAAGGAGAGAGGGGCUCCUCUUAACACUAAGGUGACCGGAGACAAGUUUGGAAUCCUAACACAGAAGCACAGAAUACCAGUGCCAAUUCUCCCAGGACUUCCAAUGAAUAAUCAUGGGAAUUACAUUGUAAGGCUUGGACACUUUGUCAGUUGGCUUGGAGAGCAGGCAGAGGCUUUAGGGGUUGAAAUCUACCCUGGCUAUGCUGCAGCAGAGGUACUUUUCCAUGAGGAUGGCAGUGUUAAAGGUAUUGCAACAAAUGAUGUAGGCAUUCACAAGGAUGGUUCACCAAAGUCAACUUUUGAACGUGGUCUGGAACUCCACGCUAAAGUCACCAUCUUUGGAGAAGGCUGCCAUGGCCAUCUUGCCAAACAGUUAUACAAAACAUUCAAUCUCCGAGAGAGCUGUGAGCCACAGACAUACGCUAUUGGUCUGAAAGAGCUGUGGAUUAUUGAUGAGAAGAAAUGGCAGCCUGGUCUUGUUGAACACACAGUGGGCUGGCCUUUGGACAGGCACACCUAUGGCGGAUCAUUCCUCUAUCACCUAAAUGAGGGAGAACCACUUGUAGCACUUGGGUUUGUGGUUGGUCUAGAUUAUCAGAAUCCAUAUUUGAGCCCCUUCAGGGAAUUUCAAAGAUGGAAACAUCACCCUAGUGUGUCCCCUACUCUGGAAGGUGCGACAAGAAUUGCUUAUGGAGCGCGUGCACUUAAUGAAGGUGGAUUUCAGUCUGUGCCAAAGAUGACUUUCCCUGGUGGAGUGUUGGUUGGUUGCAGUCCUGGGUUUAUGAAUGUACCAAAGAUUAAAGGUACUCAUACAGCUAUGAAGAGUGGCAUGCUGGCUGCAGAAAGCAUCUUUAGACAGCUGACAGAUGAAAACCUCCAGUCAAGUACUCAAGGUCUCAGCGUUCCAGAAUAUGAGGAGAACCUAAAGAAGUCAUGGGUGUGGAAGGAGCUCUACUCAGUGAGAAACAUUAGACCUUCCUGCCACAACGUUUUUGGAUUGUACGGUGGAAUGAUCUACACCGGCAUUUUCUACUGGUUAUUGAGAGGGAAAGAGCCGUGGACACUUAAACAUAAAGGGUUGGAUAGUAAUCAGCUAAAGCCAGCUAAGGAUUGCACACCUAUUGAGUACCCUAAACCUGACGGGAAGAUAAGUUUUGACUUGCUGUCGUCUGUGGCACUGAGUGGUACUAAUCAUGAGCACGAUCAACCUGCACAUCUGACACUACGAGAUGACAGUGUACCAGUGAAUACGAAUUUGGCUAUAUAUGAUGGCCCAGAGCAGAGAUUCUGCCCUGCAGGUGUUUAUGAAUAUGUCCCACUAGAAUCAGGUGAAGGCUUGCGACUGCAGAUCAAUGCUCAGAACUGUGUCCACUGCAAGACUUGUGACAUUAAGGAUCCAAGUCAGAAUAUUAAUUGGGUUGUACCAGAAGGAGGAGGCGGACCUGCUUACAAUGGAAUGUAAUUCACACUGGACAGCAGUAUUUUAUCAUAUUCUGUGACUGAUUCCACCUUCUGAGACCAGAGCGGAAAGCAGUUCAAAGUUAACAAUGUUCUGACAAAAUGUGACACCAAAGCAGGAAAAUUCUGCUACCUGCUCCUGACAUUGUACUAACAUGCUUAGGUGGGCAUCUGAUUUUUCGUUGUUUAAGAUGGUUUAUUACUUGCCUUAAUUCUAUUUAACUGGUCCGUUUGAAGGCCUUUGCAAGGCAUGACACGCGUACCAUGUGUAAUGCCUUUUUGUGAAUGUAAGCUAAGACAGAAGAGGUUUUUAUGUCCAGCAUUUUUUAUGUGGCAGAAAAAGAAAUCCAUUUUUACAAAUCAUUUUUGUUUUGUGAAUUUAAUAUAUUUA